AUGAGCAAUGCCUUUGCGGACGCUGAUUGGAAGAGGUGGGCCUACAUGUUUGAAGAGGGAGGCUUUGAGAUCUACGAGAGUACCACCAAGGAAUACGUCAUCAAGGAUAUCUACGAUGAACCCGACGGUCCCAGCAAGCACAUGCUGGACGUCCGCGAGGUACUCGAUGAGAUUAAGACGAAGUUCUACGAAUUGGAAGCGGGUACUGUGGACUGGGAGGAUGACGUGAGGGAGCGAGUUUCCGCUCAGUGGGUGGGCAGAGGGUUGUAUAGGGCUGAGAUCAUUUUUUUGCUUCGAACAUCGGUCUACGCUGCAGUGUAG